UUGUAUGGAAAUGAAUUUCAGAUUAGCAGUGAUAAUGUGUCAGCUCGUGAUCGUCUCAACAACGCGUUUUCAACUGCUGAAAACGAAUUUGGUGUUUCUCGACUUCUGGACGCCGAAGAUGUAGAUGUGGAUGUACCAGAUGAAAAAAGCAUCAUCACUUAUGUUUCCUCAUUGUACAACGCCUUACCACAUGGCAGUGAAAUGAGCAAAUACGAGGAUCUAAUGUACGAAUAUGAGCGCGAAGCAUCAGAAUGGUUACAAUGGGCAGAAGGUGCUAUAAGUGUAAUGGAGGAUCGUCAGCUGCCAACAAAUCUGGUAGAGUUACGACGACUUGAAAAUAGCUUAGAACGAUUCAAAGCUGAAGAUCUACCUCCAAAAGCACGUGAAAAGCAACGUCUAGCGGAUCAUUUUAUGGAAUUACAUCGUCUCUUCGAACAUACUGGACAUUUGCGUAUCGCCCCGGAGUUGAAUAGUCAAAGUUUGGAUCGCGUAUGGCAACGUUUGCUUCGCUCGUUAGAUCAACGAUCUGCUGUAAUUGAGGAACAAGCUGCAGUUCAGGGCUCUACUACUGAUAUUAUCAGUCGCUUGGCACGCGGUAUUGGGAUCACCAAUGAAAAAUUGGAUCAUAUCUUGAAUCGAAUUGAAGACGCAGAAUCAAGAAUUGAAACAUCACGUCCAGCAGACUUGCAACGCCUUAUUGAUGCUGUAAUCGAUGAUUUAGUGGCGUUAGAAGCACCAAUUCUCAGCUUUUUCGAAGAUGUUGAACAACUAAAACGUAUGCGACAUCUGGAGGCAAACGAUUACCAUCAACAGGUGUACGGACUGGAACAACGUCGUCAAGCUUAUCUUUCGAGAUUACGUACCCAAUUUGUAACUCAUCUUGGUAUUCGAACAGAGCAAUUAUUGCGAGAAAGUGAGCAACGACGGGAAUCGGUUCGACGCACAACAUUCGGACGCGUAGAAGAUUGCAUACAAUGGAUUCGAUCACGUUUGGAAAAGUUAUCAGAAAUGGAAUUCGUGGAAGAUUUGGAGCAGUUGGAGAAUAUGUUUGAAGAACACAAAGUCGACAACCAUGAAAUACAAGACUUUCGGCAAAAUGUUGAUGAAUGUAUCGCUAGACAGGCAGAAAUAGUAGCAGAAGAUACUCAUGAAUAUUGCGAAUUACUCAGCAUAUUAGAAAGCGAAUAUCAGCAGUUGAGAGAUUUAUCAGCUGGGCGGAUGCUUGAUUUGGAUACUUUGAUUGCAUUCAUUCGAGGUGCACAACAUGAAAUUGUGUGGAUUAAUGGACGAGAAGAUAUAGAAGUAACCAGAAAUUGGUCUGAUAUCAGCCAACUCGAUUUACCAAUGCUACAGAAUUAUUAUAAACAGCUGUUGCAUGAAAUCGAACUUCGCGAACCACGUUUCAAUGACGUUCACAAUAAAGGUGCAGCAUUAUUGAAUCAGGGACAUCCAGCAAUUCAUGUUAUCGAAUUUUACUUGAAUGCAAUGCAGCGGAAAUGGGAUUGGUUGUUAGCGCUAUCAAAAUGUCUUGAGCAGCACUUACGUGAUGCACUCAAUCUUCAUUCGAAUGAAGUAGAAUAUUCUAUUAUUUUAAAUUGUUCAAGAUGGCAAAAUUAUGAUGAACUAAAGAAUCUUGCACCAACUGUUUAG